ACUGUUUGAAAAGCAAUAAAUAAUGUUUAUAAAAAAUGUGUAAGUUAUUAAAUAAGGGUUUCCAUAGCAACCAGUACCAUAAAAUGAGCAGCAAUAAAAUACGAAAUAAAUCAUGUCAGACUCGAGAGAAAUUAGAGUUGCUAAGGGAAUUGGAUAACGUCGGGGUGAGGGAUUUUCUUGUGCUCGGAAAUUGUGACUUGAUCGUUACGAGCCAGGUCCUCGUGGGGAAUUUGGUCAAGCGGUUCUGCUCCGAUAUUUGUUAUACUUCCAUAGGUCGAAAUCUGCUCUUAUUUGUGAAUCCGAACAAGCCGUUGGCGAUUUACUCGACCGUUGUCAAGGAGAUUUAUGCGAAAUUAUUCCAUGGAAACGAGGAACUCACCACACCUCCGCCGCACAUUUACAGCACAAUAAACUGCGCAAUCCACGAUGGCCUUUCUAGUCUCUGCAAAUCACAGACGCUCCUCUUCAGUGGGGAAUCCGGCUCCGGAAAGUCGACAAAUUAUUUCCACGCCUUGGAUUAUUUGCGUUUCCUUGGCAACCACAAUGAAAAAAUUGAACAAAUAUUUAAUCACAAUUUGGUGCUAAAUUAUUUCGGGGGUGCCAUGGAAACGGACUCCACGAGAUUUGUCAAGCUGAUUAAUUUGGAAUUUGACUUUCGAGGGGAGGUUCAGGGGGCGGGGUUCGAGUGCUACCACCUGGAGAAGUGGCGUCUCUGUGGAAACUACAAUACUUCCAAUGAAGCAAUAAACUGUCAAAAUUUUCACAUUUUUUACAUUCUCGUCGGGGGCUGUGAAGGGGGUGUGCUCAAAUCCCUCAACCUCCUUCGUAACCCGGACAACUAUAAAUUACUCAAACUCGUCAAUAAAAACUAUGGAAAUUUAUAUCCCUAUAGCAACGGGUUGCUUAGUAACCAGGAACAGGCCUUUCAGUUUUUGAAAAAAACCCUCCCCCUGACCCCCCUUGAAUUCACCUCCCUGCUCCAAAUCCUCUCCUCGAUCCUCCACCUAGGCAACACCACCAUCACCAUGACAACGAAUCUCGACGGCUCGGAAGCCACCACGAUAAAUUACGGCCCACAAAACUCCUCCGAAAUAAUCUCGAACCUUUUGCAAGUCACUCAAAACAUAAUUCCGAACAUCACAUCGCUUCCGAACCCUUCGAGGAUUUUAAUCGCGCUGAUGCAGAACAUUUACACGAGAUUAUUUUCGUGGUUGUCAAGGAAACUGGGAAUUGUUUCCAAAGGGGAUAAGUCAUUUUCUUUGAAAUUAUUGGAUUUCACGGGAUUCACGGAUUUCCAUGGAAACACGAAUUUUGAGAAUUUCAUCGUGAAUUAUGUGAAUGAAAAGGUGCAAAUGUGUUUGGUGGAUGUGAGGUUGAGGUUGCAUCAGGAGGAGUGGGUCAGGGAUGGGCUGGAGUGGAUUUGGAUUGAUACCUCAGGGGGUGGGGCCGUGGGGGAGUGGUUGGAUUGGGUGGAGGGGCCGCUGAUUGAAAAUAGUGGGGGGUGGGGUCACAAGGGGGAUGGGGAUGAUGGGGAGUUGAGUUUUAUCAGACUCCCACCACGUCACCAUGGCAACAACACCCCCACCACAUCCCCCCAUAAGUCACAGCACCCCAAAAAAAUAACAAAUUUCUACACCCACAACCCCCCCGACACCCUGCCCCCUCUCUCCUCCAGAUCCUCUCAACCUCCACGAACCCCCUGCUCUCCUCCCUCUACUCCUCCCCCAACCCCACCCCCUCCACAACCCCCUCCCCCAAACUACUCCCGAACCUCCCCCAAGUGAAACUCCAAUUAAACCACCUUCUCACCCAACUGACCCGAACCCACUUGAAAUACGUCCGCUGCAUAAAACCCUCCACGAAUUUAACAAUUAUCGAACCCUCUUUUGUCAAAUACCAAUUAAAUUACCAUAGAAUCCUAGAUUAUUACAAAGUUUACAAGUUUUGCCACGUGAAGAGAUUUAAUUUUAAUCAGUUUCUAAGGAGAUAUAAAUUGUUAAGUUUAAAAACUUGGCCAAAUUGUGCUGGUUGCCAUGACGACAAAUUUAAUGUUUGCACGUUGAUGGGGGAUUUGUGC